ACUAACCUCCGCCACCUAAUUAAUACUUCGGACAGUCAGGUGACUCAUCAAUUUCUCUACCUACCAGCUGGAAUCAGAAAACUAACAAAUCUUCAGAUCUUGCGUGGGCGUUAUAAAGUGCAUGGUGGGAUAGGAAUGUUAAAGGACCUGGUGAACCUCCGACUCCAAGGAGAUCUCCGCAUCUCAGGGCUCAGGAACUUGGUCAGCAUAGAGGAUGCGAAGGAUGUUGGUCUUAAAUAUAAGCAUAAACUUGAGCGGUUGUGUCUAUCUUGGGAUGACGAUGACUUAAGUUGUUGGCAUCCGUUAGAAAAAAUUGGACUCCAUCUAGAAGCUUUUCUAGAGGAAAUUAAGGAUGUCCCAGCCAAUGAAAAAAGGGAGGAAGCCCUGCUUGAGUAUCUCCAACCUCCCGCCAACCUCAAAAAGUUGCUUAUAGAUGGGUAUGGUGGUUCCAAGUUUCCAGAAUGGGUGGGAAAUCCUUUAUCCUUUGCAUCACUUAAGGAUAUUGUUAUUAUCGAUUGUGAAAAAAUAAGGUCCCUUCCUCUACACAUUCAUGACUCUCUUGGAAAAUUGGACGCAUCCCUAUCAAAAUCCAUGCUUGAGAGGGUGUCCAUUUUUGGUUGCCCGAAACUUACAUCCAUAGGAGGGCUGCAUAAUCUCCACUCACUUAAAGAACUGAGGAUAUCCAUUUGUCCUCAGCUCCUGAUAUUAUCAGAGGAAGGACUGCAAUCCAAGCUUCAAAAGCUGUGCAUAUUGAGGAGUGCCAACGGUUGACAUCAUUGCCGGGGAUGAAAAACCUUA